AUGUGGAACAGUGAGGCAGCAGCUCAUGCCGUAGCGACGUUAGCGGAGGCUACGCUGCAGGGAGGGGGGCAGAUCGUCCUGGCGGGAGAGACGGCCGCCGCCGUGGGAGCGCUAACGGGCGUGCAGGACGGCAGCGGCCUGGUCCAGAUCCCCGUCAGCAUGUACCAGACUGUGGUCACCAGCCUCGCCCAGGGCAACCGGCCCGUUCAGGUUGCCAUGGCGCCCGUCACCACCCGCAUAGACAACACUGUCACUCUGGACGGACAGGCCGUGGAGGUCGUGACCUUGGAACAGUGAUGCAAGGAGGCCACGCCCCCCCUCCCCCCUCAUUGGUCGUCUCUGGAAGAACAGGCGUGGCUUCCCUUACCCCCUUCCCUAUGAGAGUCUGUUGGCGCGGGGGCGGGGGACAUGAAUUUGUACAGUGUAAAAUUAAUUAUCCUCGCAGGGAUAAAAUAAAAAUCUAGAUUUAUUAAUGCAUUUUGUUUACAAUGUAAAUAGGAUUAGAUUUUGGGGGAGGGGUGGGGUUGUUUUGUUUUUUGUUUUCGCUUUGUUCUUUUUUUGUUUGGUUUUUUUUUUUUUUUACUUUCGAUUCCAGCUCUGGGAAUUUUUGGGAAUCAAGCGAUGAAGGCUGGGAUGUAUGAAGUACAGGCUCAUAACCUUUUACCGUGUUUUUAGAAACGCAAGCGACCCAAAAAAAGAGACAUGAGGUGAGUCGUCCGCCGCGGAGGUGUCGCGAUGCGCCUGCUUUCUGUUCCGCUUUUCUUCUUCUUUGUUUUUGUGUAUUACCAGGUUUUUUGGGGGAUUCUGUUUCCAUGGAGUGUGUGCGCCACACUCAGUCUGCUCUGUUCUUUAGAGUCCAUGCAGGAUUCCUGCAACGUUCCCAUCGUGCAAAGAACUGCUUGCAAGUCGUUUAACCCAUCCUUUGCCCAUCCGUUUUUCCAAAAGGUUUCUAUGGUACAGCCGAGAGAGCAGUAAGAGAAUUUUAUUCAUGUUAAAAAAGAACUGUGGGAUCUGUACAUACUUUGUUCCAUUUCGUGUAGGUUUUGUUUUUUUUAUUUUUUAUUUUGUGAUAUUUUUUUUUUGUUUUAGUUUGUUUAUUUUUUAAGAAACCACUCCCUCCCUGAAUGGACCCAUCCGGGUGUUCCCGCCGUCAUGCUGUCACCGUGGUGACAGUUGUUAGGGGCGGGGUCUGUGGCCGUACCCUGAGGCCUUGGGGGAUGUUGUCGGGGUUCAGAUGAAAGGGCUUUUCACACGGGACUCUGCCAUAUCCGCACAUGCCCAUCAGGUCAGGUCACGCGUCCCUGAAAGAGCUUUAAGUGUGCGGAGCUUUAGGUCUGGAGAGGGCGGAUGUGUGUGUCUGCUCUCCACGCAGCUGCGCUAUUGUUCAGGGCUGACUCGCUGCGGUCUAAACGCAGCCUUCUGAAGGGACCCUGCCGUGUUUCUCACUCAGAGGGGAACGCCACGAGGAACACCACUUCUCCCCCCCAGUAGUGUCCUUUUAAAGCAAAUCUACAGUGAAAAUAUUUUUAUUUCUCACUUAGGCAAAAAAGUGCUGGCUUGUAUUUACCGUUUUAUAAAUAUUAAAAACAUUUGUCGACAAGACCUUUUUUUGUGAAAUGUAUCUGCAUUAUGAGAAAUGUCUUGCAUCUGGGAUAUUUUUGUAAUUGUGAUAAAGAUGCAGGUUGGUGGACAGGCGGGGAGAUCCCCUGUCCUCAGGUUGACAUGCUGACCACUCCAAACAGUGACAGAGAAGCGCAUGCAUAUCUGUAAUUUCAAAGCAACAAGUUCUUCAAUAAAAUGGCUACCGUUCGCA